GACCGACACCUUUAAUACUGUUUAAUGGCUCCGUCGUAUAACAUCCGGCCUGAAAACACGCUGAGGCGUGCAGAGGACCUCAUUGCUGUUGAUCAGAAAGAGGCAGCUCUGCAGACUCUGUACGACUUCAUCACGUCCAAGCGCAUCAGAUCCGUUGCACCAUUGGACCUGGAACCUAUUGCAUUGUUGUUUGUUGAGCUGGGCGUGGAUCUGAGAAGCGGAAAGCUCGUGAAGGACGGAUUGCAUCAGUAUAAGAAAAACGUCCAAGGCAACGACUCUGGCCUGGAGUCUGUGGAGACCGUGGUGAAGAAAUUCUUGGAGAAAGCAGAAGCCAAAUUGAAUGAUGCACAACUGAAGGCUAACGACGUGGCGGCCACUUUGGAGGCGGAGGCUGCUCAAUUGGAAGCUGACGAUGAGGACGAGGAUGACGAAAACAGACAAAUUGUUGUUUCUCCGGAAGACGUGCUAAUGUCCAUUGUUUCCACGGAUGAUACCAAAGACCGUUCCGACAGAGAGCUUGUUGUCCCAUGGCUGAAAUUCUUAUGGGAAGCGUACAGAACUGUUUUGGAUAUCUUGAGAAACAAUAGCAAGCUGGAAGUUGGCUAUGCUACGGUUGUUUCACAAGCAUUUGGUUUCUGUGUCAAGUACAACAGAAAGACGGAGUUCAAACGUCUUUGCGAUAUACUGAGGACCCAUUUGCAAACGGUGACGCAAAAAUCUGUUGUCAAACAUCAGAUCGAGAACCCAAUUGAUCUGUCAGACCCAGACACUCUUCAGAGAUAUCUAGAGACGAGAUUCAACCAGUUGAACGUUUCCGUUCGUCUAGAGCUCUGGCAGGAGUCUUUCCGUACGGUCGAGGAUGUGCACACUUUGAUGACGAUAUCGAAAAGACAGCCGAAACCAAGCAUGAUGGUGAACUAUUACGACAACUUGGCCAAAAUCUUCAACGUGAGCGACAACCGGUUGUUCCAUGCUGCUGCCAGACAGAAGUUCUUUUCCCUGUUUGUGCAGUCUCCGAUUGCGACCGACGAAGAGCUCAAGCACUACGCAUCCUUGCAAUUGCUGUCUGUUCUGUCAGUUCCAGUGACUUCGUCCUCUAAAGUGGACGACUUUGCCAAGAGAAAAGACAACAGACUUUCUAUGUUGCUUAACCUCUCCAAGGUGCCUACUAGGGAGUCUUUGUUGACCCAGGUGGCUUCUAGAAACGUUUUGAGCAUUGUGGAUCCUUCACUGGCCAAGUUGUAUGAGUUGAUGGAGAAAGACUUGCAUCCGAUCUCUUUUGCUUCGCAAGCCAAGGACAUAUUUGCUUUUAUCGAGUCCAACAAAGAAUUCCACAUGUACAUCAAGCCGCUGACUGGUGUCAUCUUGGACAAGCUUUUUGAGCAAAUUUCAGAAGUUUACGAGACUGUCAAGCUGGACUUCCUAGUGAAGCUGUCCACGUUUGAGGGCCAGUUCAAGCUCUCACCAAUAGAGAUCGAGAGCCGACUUCUUGCAGCAGCCUCCAACAACCUGCUUUCUGUCAAGAUUGACCACGAAGCCAAGGUUGUGUCGUUCAAGACUGACACUUUGGAGAACUCCUUGCUUAGCUCGAUUCCUCUCAACAUGUCGAGCAAAGUCCAGUACACUCCUACGGAAAUUAUUAGAACGCAGCUUUCUUCUCUUGCAAAUACUCUGAGAGAGUCUGUCAGACUCAUUGACCCAUUGGCUUCUGAGAACGAAAAAACCUUGAAGCAAAAAGUCAGCAUGCGUGCGAAUGCCGAGUUUGCUGAGGAGAGACAAGAGGUGCUGGACCGUGCUCUGCUUCUAGAGAAUAGAAUGAAGGAGGUGGCCGAGAUCAAGCGUCGUGAUGAGGAAGCUGCCACGAAGGCCAGAUACGAGAAGCUGGCUGCCGUCAAGAAGGCUGAGCAGGAAAGAAUUGAGCAAGAGACAGCCAAGAGACUGGAAGAGAAACGCCGGAAGGAGUUAGAGGCCAUUCAACAGGCGGAGAAAAAGAAACUGUUGAACGAGAUCAACGCUAAGGGUAUCAUUAAGGUGGACAUGGACGACAUCGAGAACCUUGAUGGAAGAAAGCUUCAAAAAAUGCAAAUCGAGAAGCUCGAGCAAGAUAGAAAGGCCCUUGAAGAGCGCAUUGAAGCCACUGCCAAGAGAUUUGACUAUCUUGAAAGAGCACAGCGCAGAUACGAGCUUCCUAUGUUACAAGCGGAUGCCGAGGUGCAGAAGGGACGCGAGAUGGAGGUUUAUGAGGAAAUGAAGCAGAAACUGAUUGCCAAUGCCAAGAAGGAGCACGAAGAGGCUCUUAAAAUCAAGCAAAGAUUGGCGCGUUUGAUUCCAGACUACAAGGAGUUUGUUGGCCAAAAGGAGAAGGCUUUGUGGGACGAAUACGACAAGAAGGCUGCCGAGGCCAAGGAAAAGUUAGAGGCGGCCAAGAAACAGCGUAUUGCUGAAUUUAUUGCUAAGAAGAAGGCUGAAUUCGAAGAGCAGCAGAAGUCGUUGGCUCAAGCCGAGGAACGUUUGCAAAAGGAGGCUGCCGAGUGGGAGGCCAAGAUGAGCAACCUCAAGUACGCAGACAAGCUCAAGCUGAAGAGAGCGGGAGAAUGGCCACCGGACGGCAAGAUCGCCACUUCUGAGUUUUUGGAGGCCGCAGAGGCUCUUGUGAAACUGUUUGAUCUACUGGGAUCGUCUGCGUUUGCAGUUGUGCAAAACGACAUGACAGGAAAUAUCAACAAGGUGCGCGCCAAGCUCCUUGCCGCUCCUGACAAGGCAGGCACCUUGCAGGAUCUGAUUCUGUCUGAGGUGAACGACAAAAAGAAGACCGCUACUCAGGGCCUGUUGUGGCUGUGCAGAGGCCUGCAGUUCACUGCUGUUGCCAUGAGAGAGACCGUUUCGAGACCAAACGAUGAGCUGUCCAAGACUUUCACGGACGCCUACGGCAAGACAUUGACGAAGUACCACACAAUGCUUAUUAGACCUGUUUUCAAGCUUGCGAUGAAGGCGUGUCCCUACAGAGCAGACUUCUUUGCCAAGCUGGGUGCUGACCAGGAGAAGGUGGCUCAGCAGUUAGAGGAGUGGCUGAGCGCCCUGGAGAACAUUGUGAACCUCAUCAUGGACUUCUUCGAGAAGGGUAAUUACGGCAAGGGAUUGUAAUUGUCGGCACUAAUAGAUUAAGCAACUUGAAAGAAGUGUACCUCGUGUUUUCGUAAAGUAUGAAACUAGUUAGAUGUUAGCAUACAUUGUAUUAACAUUAAUAAUAAAUCUUUUAAAAUAGCAUACAGUACUCAGAGUCGUACAUUAGGAGAGUCCACUGCAAAGAGCUCUGCUUCUCUAUGUUUACAGCAAUGCAAGGAGCAAGGCAGACAUAACUCCAAAGACAGAGACAGUGUUGAGAGCGGCACCGGCUUGGGAGGAAGAGGAAGCUCCAGAAGAGGUCGACUCGUCGCUAGAGCCCGAAGACGUGGCAGAGGAAGAGCCGGUAGAAGUCUUGGAGUGGUUGAUGGAAGACGAGGACUCGGUGGCAGCAGAGCAGACAAACUUGUCACCCUGGAUACCGCCCUUCUUCUCCAGAGAAUUGAACUCGUCACAGUCAGCCUUACCAGUGGUCUCCAAGUCGAAACCACCUCUAACGGUAGACAGUUUUGGGAAGGUGGCAUUGUCGAACUCACCCUUGAGGAUGACGGCACCGCCAAUGGUCUGCAGGCUGUCAAAGCCGUCGAUGGUUUCCAAGUUCGAGUUGUUAGCAAUGACAAAUCCACCACCAACGGAUUGCAAAUGAGAGAGGUCAAUCUCAGACAAGUCGUCGUUGUCGAUGAUCGAAAGGUCACCGCCGAUCUUCUUCAGGGUAGGAAUCUCGAGAGACUCAACGUUGGACUCAAAAACACCAAGUGAAGAGUUGACGGUGCUGAUGUUGGACAUUGAGAUAGACGAGACAGAGUAGAACGUGAUGUUGUUGGCCCACGAAAGAGAGUCAAAAGUCACGUUGGUGUCGUCACCGUUAUAAGAAACAGACAGAGCGUUGGAGACCGACUUGAUAUCCGAGUUGAUGGAAGCCAAGUUCUUGUUGUUGUUGAUGUUGAAGGUCUCGACGUUGAUUGGGUUGAAACCCUCCAGAGACUCCAACUGAGUGUCCGAGAUGUAGAUGCUUUGACAGUCAGAAACACCUGCAGACAGACCUGCCUGGGUCAAUGCCGGCAGGGUGACCCAGUUGAUGGAGCCAACAGAGACCAGGGAACCGAACGACAGAGUGUCCAGGACAUACAAGUCGGUCAGCUCCAGCUGCUUGGUGAUGGUAGUCAGGGAGUCUGCUCUCAGAGACUGCAAGUUGGAGCAGUUGAAAACAGACAGCGAGCCGUAAAUGGCCUUGACGUUGGCGAUGGAAGCAGUUCCCAAAUCACCGGUGAUGUAGAUGUCACCCUCAAUGGCCGAACAGGAGGACAGGUCGUCCAGGUCGGAUUGAGCGGUGGCGGUCAAGGUCUUGGAGAACGAGCAUCCUGAUGGCACCGAAAUCGAGGUGGUGGAGGUCAAGGUGGAAUCUAAAAGGUGUUAGUCGUGCACGAGUUUCAAAACAAAUCAAGCGAAGAGCAUUUGAAAGGGGUCGAAAAUCAGGUUUCUAAAAAAAGAAGCCGAUACCGACGACAGAACCUGUGACGUGAAACUCAGCCUCGCUGGGGUCGAGGAGGCUGAAUGGCGUUCCUUUAACACAUAUGAGCUAGUCGUGGCAGAUUUGCCUCGUCAGGAGCUUAUAAGUGCCAAAAUUUCACCUUCCGCGGAAGUCCAGAUCAGAAAUCUCGACAAAUCAGCGCGGGGGAUCACGGUAUCCCGUCCACUUGAUCUGGUAUGCAAUACUUACUCAACGAAGUGGUGUCUGCGGCAAGGGCACA